AUGCUGGGAGGGGAGGAAACAGCUGAAGGUCUGGGGGUGCGCGGCAACGCCUCCCAAAUCCGCCAAGCACGGUCGCAGAGAGCGCAAACAGCCCAACAGGUAGCGCUGUCGCCGUCGUCGGUUGCGAGGACGCCGCUGGUGGCGGUGUGGGCUCAUCGGCGAAGAGCGGCCGGCACCAUUACAGUAGGCCGCCAACUACCGCCUUCCAUGCCAUCACCAUCCUCUGCCGCCCCCCCACCACCACCACCACGCACUGCCACCGCCACCGCACUGCCACCGGCCACCGGCCACCCAUCCGCCACCGCCGCCGCCCGCCGCCGCCGCGCCGCCGCCGCCACCGCCGCCGCGCCACCGGCCACACGCCACCGCCACCGAGCCACCGCCACCUUCACCAUCCUCUGCCCCCAUCACCACAACCGCCACCGCUAUCUCUACCAUCGGCCACAUCUCCGCCACCGCCGCCGCCGCGACGACCGCCGACACCGCCGCACCGCCGACACCGCCGACCAAAGUGAGAUGAUCAUCGGCAAUGACAAAUACAACAUGAGCGAGGUGAGCAACAGCUACUACAGCGUACUCAUGCGCCUCACCAUCCGGAAGUUCCGGAAGGAGGACUUCGGGGGAUACAAAGGAAAUUGCUGGCGCGACAGAGUUUUAACAGAGUUUCAACGAGCACUAUAA